AUGCCUACUCGAGAUGACGAAGAACCAAGAUUAUCGCCUUUCCCAAUUCCAUUGUCCUCCGCUCACAUCUCGGAUGCGAUAGAUUAUUCGCCGGAUGGCGGGGUCACCAUCUACCUAUGCAAGCUGAAUAUAUCUGAAAUUGGCCCCCCCGAGGCAGAGGAGCUAGCUUAUGGUGGGCAGCACGGACGUCAGGAGGCAGAUUCUAUUGUUCAGAGGCUCGCUUUGAAGUCCAAUCGUAUUUACUCUCUCCCCGCCGAAUUCGCUCUCCUUUCCCGACUCAGAUACCUCAACUUGAGGCACAACAUUUUUACAGAGUUCCCGGAUGUGUUGAUAGCCAUGCCAGCACUUGACACAUUGGACAUGAGCCACAACAAGAUCAGGCGGUUGCCCACUUAUGCUGGAAAUCUCUCCAGGUUAAAGAUCCUAUGCCUUUCGCACAAUAAAAUCGCGCGCCUUCCGACAUAUCUUGCACAAUUCCGCCUUCUCGAACUUUUCCAAGUCGAUCGCAAUCCCAUCGAAUGGCCUCCCCCGACUGUUUUAGAAUCUUUUGGUGACCUCCCAGAUCUAAAGAACGGAAAAGACUGGAUACGAAAACUGCAGAAUUGGUUGGACGGCGAAGGCUCGAAAGGCCGGGACGAUUACGAUGAUUCCGGUUAUGGAGAACAGCCAGAACGGGAAAACGAGCGGUCAUACAGCUCUUGGCGAUUUCCUGUACGCGGCCCAGGGCUUGAUCCUGGACUUACUCCCCAUGCCCGGUCUUUUUCGAUCGACUCUGCAACAUCUUUAUCCUCUAUUCUCGAAUCUUCCUAUGAAGACGAUUUCAUCAAGCAAAAUGGACUUUCGAGUGCCAAAAUUCCCAAUGGGGCUAGUCUAAACGGAGGGCUCAAACCAUCAGACAUCGGCGAUGUGCAUUCGGCGACAUCAGGUCAACACGGCCACGAAUCAAUGCCGGUACCCGAUCCAAUGCACCUUCGGACAGCCUCACAUGCAAGCAGUCUCCGCAAGCCUCCUUCGUCCUCCAUGGGUGGAAAGAAGAGCCUCCCCGAUCUUCGAUCUACUCCGAAAGACCCAGCGAAAAGAAUGCCAGUUGUGCUGGAACGUAAAUCACCUUUUCCCCCAUCAGCAAACGACAAGUCUUCCGAAGAUAUACCAACGUCUCCAACGCCGUUAAGGCAAGACUCUGGGUCGUCGUCUGCGUCUUUUCCUUCCACAUACCCGGAGGAAUAUCCAUCGGGUAAUACCCGUGUCCUUCCUUUAAUUGCAGCCGAACGUAAUUCCUAUUUUCGACGUUCGUCCACCAUCCACACCAGCUACCCCCUUCCAAAGUCUCUCAAGAUCUUGCUUGAAUGUGCACGCAGCAUACUAUUUGCUAUGGGACAGCUGUAUCAGACGCUGGAGCAGUAUGUGCAACAUGGAAUCAGCAAUCAUCUUAUAUCUUCAUUCAAGAAGAUCCUGGACCCCGCAAACGUCAAUAUGUUGCAUUUAAUUCGUUCACUUGAUCGAUUCGACGACGUCAGUCAGAAAUCGACCCCUUCACCUGCUGUCUGCCGUGGGCUGGUGGAAUCCUGUCGGGAUACCGUAACGGUAUUCCGAAAAGGCAUUGGAUCAUUGAACAUGCCAACCAGUACGGAGUUGUCUGACGAUGCACGAUACAUUCGAUGGCUCAUCAUCGAAGUGUAUGCUACAACUGCAGAACUCUCGUUUGCAUGGCAGACAAUGGUUCCUCAUGUCAACACCCUUAAACCGUACUUGUAUGGGACUGUGUUUUCACAAACCACUUCGUAUCCUUUUGGAGCGGACACCUUGGGUUCAACAUCAAGAUCCCACCCAGGACAAUUGGCGCCAUCUGUCCGUCUACGACCCAUCGAGGGGCUGCCGUCUGGUGGGAGAGUACGUACAAGUCGACGCCAUGCGGGUUCCUUCAGCUCCAAGGACGUGGAGAUUGGUAAGGACCUUCCAUCGUCCGAUCUCCCGCCAAAUAUGAUGGGCGGCGUGGCCACACAUACACCGACGCUUAGGACACCUAAACGUCAAGCAACAGCACCAGCCCCUACCUCUACCCCAAGCAGCUCGAUAUUUCCCCCCCAACCAUCUCCCUUGUUCGGACAUGCAAACCCUUUCCAUCUUCCUCAACAGUCACAGGGAUCUUUCCUAGAUCCUCCGUUAAUAUCGCCCUCUAUAUCACAGGAGUCGCCUGGGAUCAGGCCACAUGCCCACAAAGAUGUGCUUCAGGCUAUUCAGGGCACUAUCGAGGUGGCUCCUACGGUGUGGGAUCAGAUAGAGGAAGCUUUAAGUGACACUGUCACCACAAACCCCGAACUUCAGGAGUCUCUUGAGCUGGCUCGUUCUGCGACGAAGAGGUUGUCUGAUGACAUAGUUGCCAUGUCCGAAGGAUUCUCCGCUGCAGACAAAAGAGUCUUGCGCGAGGAUGCCCAUCUUUUCCUGAAGACUCUCGUUCAGUUGUCCAACAUGCUCAAGACCAAGGGUAAUUCCCAUCCUGUUCCAUCAGCUCUGAGUGCCAACAUGGUGAAGUUGACUAAUUCGACUGAGCAAUUUGCUGUCUUGCUCCACGUUCCUUCUGUUUCACCCUACCCUCCACGUUCCACCUCGCCUACAUCUAAUCUCAAGUAUGCGCCAUAUAAUGCGUCCUCCCACCUAAUGGAGGACAACCAACUACCCUCUAGCCUUUCGAGAUCCAAGAGUGCACAGCCUAUUCUGACGAAUGCCAAAUCAUCAUAUUCAUCACCCUACGAGAGCCCUCGGACGACGACUCCUCUAUCGAUAAAGAACACAAGCGUAAGGCGAUUACGCCUCGCCCGCGAGGCCUCGAGUGAUGCUCUUGACCCAGGGUGA